AUGACGAACCCCAACGUGACGCUUCUGCUUGGCAGCUGUUUGCUGUACCUAGUGCUCACCGUACAGUCGGCACCCGGUAAACUCAACGGCCGUGUGGUUGGCGGAGAGGAUGCGGCCAAGGCGCAGUUUCCCCACCAGGUGUCCCUGCGAAAUGCCGGCUCCCACAGCUGCGGCGGCUCGAUCCUGACCAGAAACUUCAUCCUGACCGCCGCCCAUUGUGUGUCCGAUGAGGAUGAGAAUAACGUGAUUACGCCCGUUGCCGCGGAUCGUUUCACCAUUCGGGCGGGUUCCAACGAUCGCUUCAGCGGCGGAGUGCUGCACCAGGUGGCCGAGGUGAUCAUCCACGAGGGCUACGGCAACUUCCUCAACGAUGUGGCCCUGCUGCGCCUGGAGACCCCUCUGAUCUUCUCCAGCAGCAUUCAGCCCAUCGAUCUGCCCAGCGUGGACACGCCCGCUGAUGUGGACGUCAUCAUUUCCGGCUGGGGAAGGAUCAAGCAUGCGGGUGACCUGCCCCGCUAUCUGCAGUACAACACCUUGAAGUCCAUAUCCACGGAGGAGUGCGAGGAGCUCAUCGAGUUCGGAUUCGAGGGCGAGCUGUGCCUGCUCCAUGUGGUGGACAACGGCGCCUGCAAUGGCGACUCCGGCGGUCCGGCCGUCUACAACAACCAGCUGGUGGGCGUGGCCGGGUUCGUGGUGGGCGGCUGUGGCUCUAGCUAUCCGGACGGAUAUGCCCGGGUAUUCUACUUCAAGGACUGGAUCAAAAACCACUCGGAUGUCUGAGGACCUUACAGAAAAUAAUAAUAAAUAUAGAACCUCUUAAACAA